AUGAACGCGCCGCUACCUGCCCCUCCUUCUUCUUCGUCUCCUCCCUCUCUUCCGCCCAAGGGAUUCAAUGGCUCUCAUCUCGAUAUACGACCGAGUAUGGGAACCUACGAUGCUUCCAGCCUCCCUGCAUCGCCAAUGUCCCCAACUGGCGUUGAAACCUCGUUGGAAGCAAAACAGAGGCGGGCAAAUCCACUGACGGACCUCAUUGACACCGAAAAGUCCUAUGUCGACCAGUUGACAGGCAUUAUACGGAAAGUUGCCGCUGCGUGGUCCAGGUCGAAUCUCCCACCUCAGGAACUUGAUACCAUCUUUCGUAGUAUUGAGGGUGUCUACAAAGCCAACCGUACACUUCUAACAAAACUCAAGGACAUUGGCACCAACCCUUCGUCACCGAAGGCCUUAGGAGACUUACUGAUGCGAUGGAUCGAUGACCUCGAAGUCCCAUAUACGACCUACUGCACACGAUUUUGUGGUGGCUUCGACGAAUGGGAGCCAGUUCAAUCCAACUCCCGGUUACCUUCCAUCAUCUCUGGCUUCUCGGCGGCAAAUCCGCCUCCCGCCUGGGCAAUGGCUCCCGAUAUCGAUCCUCCUACAUGGACUUUGGAUGGCCUCUUUCUCCUGCCCAAGGCCCGACUGAAAUAUUACCGCAAACUCUAUGCCCGACUACUCAAAAGCACCACACCAGGGCGGAGUGAUCACCGAUUGCUAGUCGGAGCCUUGGACAAAUUAGACAAACUCCUUGAUACGCUUGAAGCCCGAGAGCAAAUCAGAGUCGGAGUCGCGCAGAGCCCGCCAGAACUGUCACACUCCCUCAAACUUGACAAUCCUCCGCUGCCAACAGAAAGGAGUUCUUCUGUCUCUCCAAGGUCAACAAUGAACGGACUCACUCGCUCAAGUGAUAUCGAUGGACAAGGCGGAAGCGAAACCAGUUCGGCUCGGGGGAGUAGCUUAUCCUCAGGGGAAAGACUUUCUCGAGACACUGCGUCGACCUCGAUCAGUCGCGUGUCUUCUACCACCAUGACAGCACCAAUUUCCGACUUAGAGCGUCGGUUGUCGACCCAACGGACCCUGGACAUUUUCACCAUGCGCCCCAAAGUGGUUCGUCUACAAAUGUCGCCGCCGAGCCUCCACUUCACUCGAGAAUUUCGCUUCUCGAUGGAUGUUGUUGUCCGUUUCACUCCACGGUCUACGGGUGUCGAGGUUGUUCACCGCAUGGGUCACCUUUUCCUUCUAUCCGACCUAUUCCUCAUUUGUGAGCGAAUGACGCCUGAAGAACGAAGUCAGCAAAAUAGCUCGGAUGGUGCGGAUAUGUGGCUGUGUUAUCCCCCACUCGCUGGUAAAGUUCUGCGUGUCGCUGAAGUCGAAGGAGAAGACAACGCUUUGGAGAUCGCGAUCAUGCGUAAAGAAACUCUGAUCAUCCAAGCCGAGUCGGUGCAUGUUCGCAAUUUCAUGCUUGCGGAAUUCAGAGAAUGCAUCGCUUUUGCCAGUUCUUUACCCCCGCCUUCCAAUCAGCCUGUUCCACCCGUUCCUCCCAUAGCGCCGCAUCUUUCGCAGCAAAGUCUUCCACCCGUACCAGAGCGUGGUCCGCCUCCGCCUGCCCACAACUAUCCCCCGAACUUCGACAAUCAAGGCAACAUGCCAACAUCCUCGAUGUCACAACCAUUUUUUGCGUCCCCAGGCCAAGUUAUGCCCCCAACGCGAAGUGCCAGUUCUGGCUCCGGUCUUUCACGAGCGGGUUCUGAUGUUUCCGAGAUGCAACCUCGUUCUUCGUAUCCACUCCCUCAACCUCCCCAGCGAGCCCCUUCUGCGCCAAUGCCAGGCAUGUCUGGUUCUCCUCAACCGCCCUAUCCGCAACGAGCCCCAUCAGCUCCUAUGGCCCCUCCACGACCACCUUCUGAGCCUCAAUACCUUCCUGGUCCAGGGCUACGCAAAUCAUCGUCAGCGCGCUCUUUGCAAUCACAGUAUUCACAACAAGAGCAGUACCCACCACCUCCACUACCCGCUUUACCUCCGGGAGGUUAUCCCACCCAGAUGCAUGCACCUCAGCCACGUAAUUGGGCCCCGUCUGGCCAGCUUGGUGUCAACGGUUUCCGAAAUAAUGUCCCAUCAUUUCACGAACCCAGCCCUCCCAACUCGCCGGUGGAAGAGACUCCUCGUUUCACAGGCCCGUUGACAUCCACAAUUUCCGCGGAGAUGAAAUGCAAAGUCUUCCUGAAGCAACAGCAUGCACAGUGGAAGUCGUUGGGAGCAGCAAAACUCAAAUUGUACAAGCAAAGCCCCACCAAUGUCAAGCAGCUUGUCGUCGAGAAAGGCAAGGGGUCGAUCAUUAUAUCGACCAUCGUCCUCACAGAUGGUGUUGAGCGUGUGGGUAGGACGGGUGUUGCCAUUGAACUGAGCGACAAAGGUGCGCGAACGGGGAUUGUUUAUAUGCUACAGCUUCGCGACGAGAAAGCUGCUGGUGGACUGUUUGAUGAUCUGAUCGCAGGCAGUGACCGUCUAACGCGGUUGCCCUUCAUCCAAAUCGGCUGA